UGUAACCUCUCGGAGGGAUCCCACCAAACCAGCGGUACUGUCAGGAGACUGUAACUCAGGCUGGCUGCAGCUGCCAAAGCUCAGGUUCAGAGGUGGUGUUUGCAGUGGUCUCCACCCAAAGGAAAAAAUUCCUGCAAAUCUCCAGCUGCAAUCAUUGUUGCCCUUCCUGCAUACAAGCUCAACAUGGGAUCCAGAUACCAACAUUAUUUCUGAGUAACUCCGGAUGCGUCAGGCACCGGCCGCCUUUCCUGCUCCCCAAGGACUGGGAGAGGGCGGGGCACAGGGACUCCCUGGUCACUGCAGCUUCUCAUUCUCCAUCCUUCCCCUGGAGGAAGAGCAAGUGGCGCUGAGGACGGCAGGCUGGGUUGAGCUGCUCCUGUAAGAGGUGCAAAGGGUUAAUUGGAAUUCUUCAAAAUGUCAGGUGUAGUCCCCACAGCACCUGAGAAACCUGCUGAUGAAAUGGAAAAUCAAAUAAAGUCACCUAAUCCACAGCCUGAUGCCCCUCCUGACUACAAUUCCCAUUUUGUACCAGGACCCCCUGGAGCAGCUGUCCCUCCACCUGUAGGCUACCCAGGAGGCUUCCCUGUGAGAUAUUAUAGUCUACAGCAGCCCAGUACCUUCCCCUACGGCCAGCCAACUGGUGGCACCUACCCUAUCCAAUACCAGCCUGGCAAAUAUCCGGUGUCAUAUCAAUCUGCCCCAAUAACAUGGAUGCCAGGGUCAGCUCCAAUACCUGACUGCCCUCCUGGCCUGGAAUACUUAACCCAGUUGGACAACAUACAUGUUCUUCAGCAUUUUGAGCCUAUGGAAAUGAUGACGAGACUUGAAACUAAUAAUAAAUAUGAUAUUAAAAACAACCUGGACCAGAUGGUUUACGUUGUAAUUGAAGACACGGACGACUUUACCAGGAAUGCUUAUCGGACACUGAGGCCCUUCAUCCUCCGGGUCAUGGACUUCACGGGCCGAGAAAUCAUGACAAUGCAGAGGCCUUUCAGAUGCACCUGCUGUUGCUUCUGUUGUCCCUCCACCAGGCAAGAGCUGGAGGUGCAGUGUCCUCCCGGCGUCACCCUCGGCUUUGUUGUGGACCACUGGAACCUGUGCCGGGCGGUGUACAGUGUCCAGAACGAGAAGAAGGAAACUGUGUUGCGCAUACGUGGGCCGUGCUCCACCUAUGGCUGUGGUUCGGAUUCUGUGUUUGAGGUCACGUCCCUGGAUGGUGUCUCCAACAUCGGCAGUAUUAUUAGGAAGUGGAAUGGCUUGAUAUCAGCCAUGGGCGAUGCUGACCACUUUGACAUUCGCUUCCCAUUAGACCUGGAUGUGAAGAUGAAAGCCAUGAUUUUUGGAGCUUGCUUCCUCAUUGACUUCAUGUAUUUUGAAAGAUCUCCACCACAACGUUCAUCAAGAUAGAUGGACACCGCAAAUCACCAUUGAUGGUUUUAAAAAAAAUUAGAAAGGUUGGAUUGGGCUUACAGUCAACCCUCAAUUAUUUGCAGAUAUAUUUACCUGCUUUUGCAGAUUAUUUUUAUUUGGUGUUAGCUUUGCCAUGUAAGCUGCAAGUGUAAGAACACAAUCUAAUGUGUGUUUCAAUUGAGUAUGUGUCUCAUUGUCUGCUUGGUAGAAUAGGAGUUCAUCCUGAAAAAGCUAUGACUUGUUAACCAAGUAAAUAUAGAUACAAAAU